GGACAUGCAGAUUACGGUGUCAGUGCCCAAUGUCUUUCAGCCUCGGCGGGGCGGGCGGUGAGCGAAGCUCGGUCGCCUGACAACAGGCCGGAAGGAAUGUCUGUGUACGGAAGGCAGUGUGGGUCAAGCAGCGUUCUCAGUUGGGUUUCACUAAAUCGAAGUGGAAGAGUGUGUUGGGGUUGCGAGUUUCAGGAAAGAGUUAAACUCCCGACUUGCCGCAACAGAUCAGCUGUGAGCACUGCCUGUUCCUGCUUGGUGAAGGGAUGAACCGUGGGGCUUUUUGUCUGUCAACUCGCCGCUUCUGUUCUGAAGGUGGCGGUUGGAGGAAAAGGGGCUCCAGGAAUGUAUACGGACACUUCUAACCCACUGACAGAGAAAUAUCGGUGCAAAAAGGCGUUUGAUCUGGGCAUGUGUUGGGUGGUCUUGGUUUAGUCUUGCAGUUGGAAUGACCACCAAGGAUUUGAUUCUUCAGCUUGACAAACAGCCAUUAUACCUUUUGUUAUCAGUUGGCUCAGGAACGAUUUGCCUUGCAGUGCUACAGGGUCCUGGGACUAAAGUGAAAACACGUGUGCUUUUGCGAGCAAAUUACAUGCUCCAGUGAUGGUGGAAGUCACUCUGCAACCAAUUGGUAUCUCUGGUUAUCAAGAUGGAAGAUUUACCAGAAUAGCUGACACCGAUGUCAAAACCGUUUUGAAUCUUUUGUAUCAAGAAAGGCGAGUGAUGCAGCUUAUCCCCAGACAAGAAGAUCAAAAGAACAAUGGAAUGAUGCUGCACCACAGGAUUGUCCAGAAAAGUCUCUUUGGUUUAACUUCAUGAAGGAGUCUUCUCACCACGACAAAACACAACAAAAAUAAAAUUUCUGCCCUUGGAUUUCUACCUUCCUGUCGUGUAAAACACAGCAGUCCAUGAGGCACAUGCAUCUGGAAACUUCUCAGAAAGAGCAAUCUAAGGACGUACCUCGGCAUGCUGCAGGCCAUGCAGAUGGCAGCUUUCAAGGUACACCAACAAAUGACUAUCGCUUGGACUCUAGUGAUGUCAUCUCCGAACGAGGAGUUUUGGCAGAAUACAGUGAAAGUGAGGUUAGAUUUCAAAAAGUGUAUCAACUUUCAAUAUUUUCUCACUUAUCUAACUCUUCAAAUACUUUGGAUCAGAGACAUUGCAAACAGGGUAUUAAAAGAAGUUCAACUGAGCAACAUCCAGAACUUGAACUCAAUCAGAAAAGAAUCCACGUGCACUGCAAAAAUUCUGCCUCAUUAACUGAAAGUCUAAAUGCAUCUAAUUGUGGAACUGAUAAUGGCAAUCUUUCUGAAAAGGCAGUAGAAAAGACAGGUGACAAUAUAAAUCAACAGGACAAUAGUUUCCAGGAUGGAGACCCAGUUAUGCAUGGUUCUGCACAACACUUUUGUCACAGUGGUUUGCAUGUUAUUGAACACACAGGCUCUGAGGACAGUACCUCAAUAGAAGAUGGGGAGAUAGGUUCACCUGUUGAAAAAUUAGUCCCAACAACACCAUCAUCUGACAAAGAAAUUCACAGUAUUACCAGCACUGGACUGCUAUCCUCUGAGAAAACACCAUUAUCCUGUGGACAAUCAAGUACUGUGUCUGCCAGAUGUACAGUAAAACGAAAGCUGCUAUCGCCAGCAAAUGCAUCAGGGAAAGAGAUGUGCUCAGGGGAUGAAAGCCCUCCUGUUGCAAAGAAAUGUAGGAUUCAGCUAGUUAAUUCUAUCCCAGUUUCUUGUAGAAGUACUGAUGCCAAAGCAGCACCUUUCUGGAAUCACCUACUUCCAUCCUCAAGGGAUGCAUCCAAGAAUUCUUCUGAUUGUAUCAAUGCUGGCAGAAGGUUAAAGAAUGGAUUACGUCUGAAAUCGCGACAUCUACGGAGUGCAUUUGCAGGAGAAUCCAGCAAGUUUUCGAGAAGCAGUACAAGUCCUUCUGUUAGCCGUUCUUUGCUUGGAAAUUUUGAGGAAUCCUUGUUAAAAGGUAGAUUUGCACCAUCAGGAAGAAUCGAUGGUUUUACAGCUGAACUUGGAGCAAGUGGAUCGUACUGCCCGCAGCAUGUAACACUACCUGUGGAUGUAUCUUACUAUAAUAUUUCUGAACACAGUGCCCCAUCACCGUUCCUGGGUGUCAUAAAUCUGGAAUCUUUGGGAAGGAAGGGUUACAAUGUCCCCAAAACAGGAACUAUUCAAGUGACCUUAUUCAACCCAAAUAAAACUGUGGUGAAGAUGUUUUUAGUGACCUACGACUUCAGCGAUAUGCCACCAAACCAUAUUACACUUUUGCGCCACAGAAUAUUUCUAGUACCAGUGGAAGAAAAUGAAGGGACACAUGAAAAUAUGGAAAAUUCAGAAGUUAAGAAAAAAAUACUAUGUUAUCUGAUUCAUUUGAGGUUUCAAAGUUCAAAGUCUGGAAAAAUCUACUUGCACAGUGAUAUAAGGCUGCUGUUUUCACGAAAAUCAAGUGAAGUGGAUUCUGGUAUACCUUAUGAGUUAAAGUCAUUUACAGAAAUGCCAAGAAAUCCAAAAUAUUCACCACGAGUUUAACACAUCAAUUUCAAGAUUAUCUAUAUUGCAGUUCAGUGAUUAUUUAUCUAGCGACUGGCUCUAACUAGUGGAACAAAAACUCAGUUUCAGUUCAGUGUUAAUGCGCAUGCUUUGUAAUAAACAUUAAGGAUUUGUUUAAAGUGCAGUUUCCUAUUGUGGCAUUCUGUAAAUUUGGAUUUUGAAAAGCACAGGAAACUUUGCUUUAAUGUAAACCUACAAUAUUUAAUAGACAUUUUUGCCCUCAGUUCAGUGAAAUUUAUCUCCUUCUCUGUAUCAUCAUAUUUUACUUUGAAAUACUGAUUCAUUUACUUUAACAUAGGCAAUGGAAAAUAUUUAAUAAUUACUGUAAUUAAGUGGUUCCUCUGAUAUAUGAACCGAUCAGGACCACAAAAGACAAAUAUUGCAAUGUAGGAAGAAAUAAUUAGUAAAGAGUUGAAUUAACUCUUUAACCUAUACAGCUUAUGCAAAAAUCUAUGUAUAAUUAGACACCUCUGCAAUAGAGUUAUCUGAAUAGUGCUUCUGUUUCCAUUCUCACUUUUAGAAUUCUCAUCCUUCAAUCAAGAAACAGAAUUAGAUACUUAAUAGAAUUAAAUGUCUUACUAAAAAUUCAGUUUGAUGCAUAAACUGAUUUUUAACUUGUUCUAAGUACAGACUACCCAUAAAGAGAUUGAAUAACUUUUCUGUUGUGAAAGGAGAAAGCGGACAUUUUUUAAAGAAAAGCAUGAAGGUAUCGGCAGCAGUUCAGUAAAAUAUUUAAUUUUAGAGUGAGUUCUCCAUUUUAAGUUAUUUCUUUGCCUUAGUUUACUCAUCGAUACCACCUGCUUCCUCUGUUUGGGAGGGUUGAUGGAAAUCUGCUUCCCAGGUCUUUGCUGCUACUGUUCUACUAGCAAAUGCAUUGGGCAAAAGGGAUAUUUCAAUUAGUUUGAUUUCUGUAUUAUUAUAAAACCAUGUGGGAAUAUCUGACCCCUGCUGCCAGCUCCCUCGCCCUGUAUGUUCCAACCACAAACAUAGCGUCCCGUUAUUUGGUGCACAGAAUUUGUAUACAAAUGCACUGUAGCACUUUGAUGGUAUGUUUAAUUAUCUCACAUUUGCUGAAGCGUUUUGGAAAGGUGGAGUAUUCUUUGGCCACUGUGCAUCCAAGUAGCCUCCAAACUGGAAUGACUGAUACCUUUUGCAGAGUGUGUCUGUAGGUUAAAGUGUUGGUUAAAAUGUUUCCUCAUGUUAGAAAUUUUUUCAUUAUGUGCUGUGUGGUACUAAAUUUGGAAGGUACACUUCAUAAACCUACAUCUGUUUUUGUUUUUAUUCUAGUUAUCAUUGUCCUAGCUCAUAAACCUACAAAUCAUAUUGUUGAAACAGUUGUAGAAACAUGAAGCUAAGUGAGGUAGAUGGUAUUUUUGAUGGAAUAAACUGUUCCUGUAAAUAUUUUGGUUUUGAAUGUUCUUUGAAACUUGUGCAAAAAUAAAAUAUUGAAUUUGAGUCUCCACAUAUGUAUGGAUAGGAUUUUUCCCAGUGGUUAACCCUGAAAGCUACUGAUCCGCUCAAACCAAAACAUUUCCAGAUUUGAUCUCUGGCCAGUAGUAAUUGAUUUCACCUGGAUAGCAGUAAAAAGUGCUACAUUUUCAUUAGAAGCCCUGAGGUGCAGAAAUGUAAAGAAGUAUUACUUUUGAUUUAAAAUUCAAUAGCUAUUGUUGCAUAUUGAGAGAUUGAGGUUUUGCUGUGAUUUCUCUUGCACUUAAAUCCUGUGACAGCUAUCUUUUGGUGUUGGAGUAGAUGGCCAGGUACGCACUAGCAACUGAGACCCAUGAAACCGUAUCACAUUGUGGGAAAGUCAAUUUCAACAAUUGAGUAGCACAGAAUUGGGUCUGUGUGUUUUGACAUAAAAAAUUAAUACAGUGGGGAAGACACAAAGAUAAUACCAAAUCCUUCCUGGUCCAAGAGAAUUAAUUACAGGGCUCCAGUUCGUGGACGAGGAAAUAAAGCUAGUUGGAGAGGCAAAGACAAGGAAUGUAAAAUGAAGGUUUAAAAAUAAACAAGGUAACCAAGGUAGAUGUGAGGAGUUGAAGACAAAUUUACUUAGUUUCCACCUUCUCUUCCUCGUAAGAGGCAAAACCUUAAGGGCAACAAAAUCAUUUUUGCAAUGAUGAGGGAAAUAGCUAAAGGCUUAAUUGGGAAACAUAACGGCAGGACAGAACUUCGAACUGAAAAUUUCAGCAGCUUCAUCUAACGGCUUGUUGUAGAAUUUUGCUUUAUUCACAUGCUGUAACAGUCAUUGCUAUCCUUCAUAAUAAAUUUUCCCCGGCCUCAACUGAAAUGGAACUCUGUUUUGAAGGCUGACCACCUUUCUGUAUCAUCUGGUGGAAAUUUAUGCAGGCUUUUGUAAAGUUACAUCUUCAGUUGGGUGCCAGUAGGAAGCAUCUGGCCUCUGGCUUACUUUUCCUUGGCAAUUCAUCUGUGGAAAAAAAUGCCAUAUGAAAAAGAACAGUGCCUAUAUUAAUAAAGGUAUCACAAAUAUCAUUCUUGCACAACACUGUAUCUGCACUGCACAUUGUAUUUGUGCCUUCAAUUCUCAUAUGCCAAGUUAUACAUCUGGCUUGUGAGAGAACUCCUCUGUAUGUGAUUGUGAAUGAUCUUACAGUAUGCCACAAAUGCUGUAUUUUAAAGAAAAUUAUUUUUCAUUUUGUUUAAAAUAAUGUUGUUAUGCUGUGCAGAUUUAUAUUUGUAAUAUAAUUAUGUAGAUUUUAAGUUUAAUGUGUUAACAGGAGUGCCACAACGUUAAUAAAAAGUACA